UUAUGCUUGAAUCUUGGGCCACAGCUCUGGUAAUGAUACAGGAUUAGUCCAAGGAAGGAGACUUGGAGACUCAAGGAGGGGUUCUGCAAGGAAAGAGAAAGAAACUGAGGGAUGGAAUAAGGUGUAAUCCAAGGUAGGGAGUUAAGUUGCUGAGGAAGAUCUCAAGAAAAGUACUCUAGGAAAUUCUGAGGAGAAAAAAUACCUAAAACCAAAGGAAACAGGAAAGGUUUCAUGGAGGAGGUGACACCUGAUCUGAAUGUGGAAGGAAGAAAUGGAUUCUAAGAUGGAGAGGUGAAUAGGCAAGCCAUGCCAGGAAUGCAGGACAACUUGUGUAAAUGCAAAGAGGAUGUUGCCUGGAUUUAAGUGGCUGUCUCACCAGCUGGGCCUGGAAGGGCUGAGCAAUGGAGUUUCCUCAGGCCUGUUCCUGUUCUUCUUGGCACUUAGCACAUGGAUCCUGGCCCAAGUCCUGUCCUCUGUCCACAGAUACUAUACCACCUGCCAGUAUUUUAGAUGCUUCCCCCAGCCACCCAUUCAGAACUGGUACAUGGGCCACCUGGGGAUGAUAGAACUCAAAGAGGAAAGAUUAGAGUAUAUUUUGAAUGCUGUGAGCACUUUCAGGGAGACCUUUCUGCUCUGGAUUGGACCUUUCCGCCCAGCGGUUGCACUCUGCCACCCUGACUACAUCCGGCCUCUUACUUCUGCAUCAGCCCAUAUUGCAGCCAAGGAUGACCUUAUCUAUGGAUUCUUUAAGCUCUGGCUGGGAGAUGGGCUGCUCCUGAGUGGAGGAGACAAAUGGAGCCGGCACCGGCGCCUGCUGACCCCAGCUUUUCACUUUGACAUCCUCAAGCCCUAUGUGAAGACAUUUAACCAGUGUGCAAACAUCAUGCAUGCGAAGUGGAGGCGUCUGUGUGCAGAGGGUAAAACCCACCUGGACAUGUUUGAACACGUCAGUCUCAUGACCCUGGAUGGCCUGCAAAAAUGCAUCUUCAGUCAUGAUAGCAACUGUCAAGAGAAGCCAAGUACCUACAUCUCUGCCAUCCUGGAGUUAAGUGCCCUUUCAAUGAUUCGUUUAAAACAAGUCAUUCUACACUGGGAUAGACUGUACUUCCUCACCAAACAAGGGAGACGCUUCUCCCAGGCCUGCCGCCUGGUGCAUGACUUCACAGAUGCUGUUAUCCAGGCCCGGAAACAGGUCCUUGCUGAACAGGGUCCUGAAGCUUUCCUUAAGAACAAGGGUAAAAGCAAGACCAUGGACUUCAUAGAUGUGCUGUUGCUGGCCAAGGAUGAAGAUGGGAAGUCACUGUCAGAUAAGGACAUCCGAGCAGAAGCUGACACCUUCAUGUUUGAAGGGCAUGAUACAACUGCGAGUGGCCUCUCUUGGAUCCUCUACCACCUGGCCCAGCAUCAGGAGCACCAGGAACGCUGCCGCCAGGAGAUACAAGAGCUUCUGAGAGGCCGUCAAUCAGAGGAGAUCGAAUGGGAUGAUCUAGCCCAGAUGCCCUUUCUGACCAUGUGUAUCAAGGAGAGCCUGAGGUUGCACCCGCCAGUUCCUUCUGUGUUCCGCCGAUGCACUAAGGACAUCAAGCUACCUGAUAGUCGAAUUAUUCCCAAAGGGACUAUAUGCUUCAUCAGCAUCUUUGGAACCCACCACAAUCCAACUGUGUGGCCCAACCCUGAGGUCUUUGAUCCAUACCGCUUUGACUCCCAAAAUGACCAGAAGAUAUCACCCCUGGCAUUUAUACCCUUCUCAGCUGGACCCAGGAACUGCAUUGGCCAGAGUUUCGCCAUGUCUGAGAUGAAGGUUGUGCUGGCCCUCACUCUGCUGCGAUUCCGUGUCUUCCCUCAUGAGACUCCACCACAAAGGAAGGCAGAUGUGGUCCUCAGAACAGAGGGUGGGCUGUGGCUGAAGGUGGAACCACUGCAGCAUCCUUCCAGUGCUUAGACACACCUCCAAGAAGCCCCUCAGGAUUGAUGGCUGGGCAUUUUCUUUGGUCUUAGGCAUCCAUGAGAACCUGAUGGCUGCUUUCCCUCCCAAUCAUCCCUGUCUUUAUUGCUAUUCUUCUAAAUAAAAUACAUUUCUACACCCAA